AGGGUUUCUUGAGGUCAAUAGAAAAAAAAAUUAUCAGCAGUAGAAAAAAAAACCAACAGUAGAAUUAUUGUAAACCAGAGGGUUAACACAGAAAUAAAUAUCUCAAGAGUCAGAAACGCAAACAUUUCCUGAGAGCUUUUCCAAAUCCAUGAGUUAGAAACAACAACGUUUCUCAAAUGCUACUUUGUUUAGAAUUGGUGUAAAGAGUCUUGGCAUUUUGGCUUUGGUGCUUUCUUAAUGAUAUAAUUACUCUGCUCAUCCUUACACUUUUUAUAAAAUUAACCUAUUUAUUAUUACUUACAAUGUACAACACAAUCAGAUUUUACCAGUAUCUAUCCUCUGGCGAAUUCGCUUGUGAUAAAGGACCUGAUUACCAGUCAAAACAAGAUGGAGCAGCUAUUAAGUCGCUGUACCAGAUGGAAGGUAUUCCAGAUUAUGAGUCUUCGUCCGAGGAUGAAGAUGAUGGUUAUAAUACAGCAGUGGCUAUGGAAAAAAAUUGAAUUAGAAGCAACGCCUCUACCUAAUAUGAUUUGGACACCAACUAAGUAUAAACCAAAAGAUGUUGCUCAAUUUAUUUCUCUGUUGCAAAACAAAAAUUUAAAGGUUUCUAAAGCUGCGAAGGAAGAAAUACUUCAAUUAACCAAGGCUACUGAUUUGCCCACAAAAAAACCACCUGAUGUCUUUUCAUCCUUGCAAAAUAAGAUAAAUGGUUGCGAACCAAGUACAAGAUUACUAAGAAAAACAAUCAAGUUGUACAUCGCAGAAACGAUCGAUAUUUUCGAUCCGAUCAUUCAUGUGGAUUUAAGUUUUACUGAAGUCAUGUGUACCCAUCUUCCACGCAACACAUUACUUCAAAAGCAAUUAGAAAGAAAUGCAAGCUUUUUGGCUACUAUACCCGUCUUGCACAACCUAUUUGUAUCAAGAAAUGGCAUACUCGAUAUGCAAUGGGUCGAGAAAACUGCAAGUGUCACAGGCAAUACAAAGUGGGAUGGCGUUGUAUUCGUAAUAGAAAAUAAGACGGUGACCCCUAUGUUUGUGGAGCUUUCUGGGGGAACUGAUUUUAACAGCACUGAUAAAAAAGAAACCAAUGAUGAAAAGAAGCUCAUUGAACAACCCGUAGUAUAUUUUGAAUCAUCAACUUACUUUGAUGACUAUUAUGUCAAAAGAACUCAUUUUACUGUUUCUUGUCCCUCGACAUGCUCCAAAUUAAUUGACUUUGUUGCUAAGAUACCUCAGAUGUUUGAAUAUCGCCAAGGAAUUCUUAAUUUGAUAAAAUAA